AUGGAGAAACCACAAACGUACGUUGCCAUUUCGAAGGUUCUGAAACUGGAUCCGGAGCACUAUGGACAUUGGAAGGUGUCAGUCAAACAGGCGAUUCAAGGCAUUGAUAUGGAAGCCUGGUUUGCAUUUGAAGAUGGUUGGACUGAACCAACAGUGAAAGACGACAAAGGUGUGUUGGUGCCAAAACCUCGGAAACAGUGGACUACUGAAGAAAAAGCUGAAUCCAAGCACAACUCACAAGCCUUGUCAGUGAUUUUCAACUCUCUGCCUCUGGAUCAAUUCAAUAGUGUCCAAGGAUGUGUGGCAGCUAAAGAAGCUUGUGAUAUCCUUCAAGUCACCUUCAAAAGAACCAGCAAUGUGAAACGCACUCGUCUGGAUAAUUUGGCAUCGUAUUUUGAGAAUCUGUCCAUGGAAGAAGGUGAAACCAUUGCCAGCUAUAGUGGUCGGUUGAGUGCCAUAGCACAAGAGGCUGUAGUUAUGGGAAAGCGCUACAAAGAUAAGAAGCUAGUAAAGAAGUUUCUCAGGAGUAUACCAGAUAAGUUUCAACCACAUAGAUCUGCCAUUGAUGUCUCUCUGAAUUCUGAUGAAUUGACAUUUAGUCAAGUUGUUGGAAUGAUGCAAUCAUUUGAGAUACAACUGAAGAAAAAAGAACAACGAACGGCUCAGUCCUUUGCUUUGAAGGCUGUUGAAACUCAGAAGACUGUUGUGGCACAAGACUCUGCGGAUGAAGAGAAGGUUGGGUUACUGGUUAGGAAAAUUUUCCGGAAAAUGGAGCGUGGUCAGCGUAAAGGAUCGACGUUCGCAAGCAGAGCUGAUUCAGAAAGAGAUGUUAAGAGAAGUGAUAAGCAAGACCGUCAGUGCUUGGAAUGUGAGGGAUUUGGACAUACCAGGGUGGAGUGCCCUAAUAAUAAACGCAAGGGGUCAGUACAGUGCUAUGGAUACAAAGGAUUUGGACACACCAAGGCUGAAUGUCCAACCAAGGAGAAUAAAUCCAAAUCACUUGUUGUCUGGAGUGAUAGUGAAUCCGAAGAUGAUGUGCAAGACGGUGACAUUAUUAACAACUUUGUGGCUCUGCUGGGAGUGAUUGAAGACAAUGAAGCUGAGGAACCGACUGUAACAAUUCAACCUACUGUGGUAUCUGACUCUGAGGACGAUGAAGCGGACUUGUCAGUUGAGGAACAAGUCACUCUACUCAUUUCAAGUCUUGUUCAGAAGAAGAAGGAGUAUGAUGAACUGUUGUCUGAAAAGGAGGCUCUAAAGUCCCAACUCACACAGUUGUCCACAGAUCUUGAGGAAGAAAGGACCAAGUCGCAGAGACUUGAGAAAUAA